AGCACCAGGGCUGGAACUGAGUCGCUGCCGAACCCAGGCCCAUCUGUGAGGAUCUGCGAGGGAGGACAGGCGGUUCACCAUGGGUGGCUUUUUUUCAAGCAUUUUUUCCAGUCUCUUUGGAACCCGGGAAAUGAGGAUUUUGAUUUUGGGAUUAGACGGUGCAGGAAAAACCACAAUUUUAUAUCGUUUACAGGUUGGAGAAGUCGUUACUACUAUUCCUACUAUUGGAUUUAAUGUAGAGACAGUGACAUACAAAAACCUUAAAUUCCAAGUUUGGGACCUAGGAGGACAGACAAGUUUCAGGCCAUAUUGGAGGUGUUAUUAUUCAAAUACAGAUGCAGUCAUUUAUGUGGUAGACAGUUGUGACCGAGACAGAAUUGGCAUUUCCAAGUCAGAAUUAGUUGCUAUGUUGGAGGAAGAAGAGCUGAGAAAAGCAAUUUUAGUGGUGUUUGCAAAUAAGCAGGACAUGGAGCAGACCAUGACGCCCUCAGAGAUGGCAAAUUCACUUGGGUUGCCUGCCUUGAAGGAUCGGAAAUGGCAGAUAUUCAAAACAUUAGCAACCAAAGGCACUGGACCUGAUGAGGCAAUGAAAUGGCUGGUGGAAACAUUGAAAAGCAGGCAGUAAUUCAAUCACUCCAACUCCUCUGAAACAAAGACAUCGGCAACAGGUGUGCUUCACGUGACUACAUGUAAAAACUGAUUGAUGGCAU